AUGGCAGGUAUACCGGCAUACACUGAACCAAAAUAUAUAAAAGGAAAUUCUGCUACUCUUGAUAAAAUAUUAGACAUUUAUAGUCUAGGAGUAUUACUCUGGAAAUUACAAACUACAAUUGAAGAUGAACAAUCUAUAAUUAUAAUUGAAGAUGAAAAGACCACAGUUGAAAUAAGCUGA